GCCAAUGGAAAUGCGGUUGGCCCGCCCCUGCCGGUCUAUUGUGAAUCCGCGUCUACACAAGAAACCCACUCUUCCAGCCUUGGCACCAAAGUGGCGCACCACGACAUGCACAGCUGAACGAGGAGUGCGCCUUCGAAGAUGUUUUACUGUCAAGCCCUCAAUUUCUGACUGAGUGACAAGCCUGCUGUCUAAUAGCCACCAUGAUAGCCACAGGCGGCCUGCUGCGCAUGAACAGGCGCCAGGAUUCACUCCGAUCUAAAAGCCGAGCAGAAAACAAACGAAAGCGGAAAUCCAAGAAAAAAAAGAAGAAUGAUGUAGUUGUGGUGAAAGGGAAGCUAAAUUUCUGCUCUCCGGCUGGUUUGGUGGCUGCUGUUGGAGUCGUAGUUCUCAUGGUUGGGGUUUCAAUGGCUGUGCUUGGCUAUUGGCCCAGCCAGAAUCAGCAGGAGUACCAGGAGCGCCGCAGAACUGGAGCAUACCAUCCCAACAGGAUGAGCUAUUCCAAAAGUCCGCCUGUUUCCUCUAACUUGACCCAUGAUAAGCCUCCUUUUGGCCAGACAAAUUUUUUCAACCAGAGCCAUUCUAACAGUAGUGUCCAGAACCCUUCCUCUCGCUGUGGCUUACUUUGUGACUUCCUGGAUAACUAUCUGUACUCAGACAAUCUGAAAGUCUUCGGACCGCUGGUGAUGGGAAUCGGAAUUUUUCUCUUCAUCUGUGCCAAUGCAGUCCUCCAUGAAAACCGAGACAAGAAAACUAAAAUUAUUAACCUGAGAGAUAUCUACUCCACAGUGAUAGAUCUACACAGCAUACGGUCGAAAGAAUACACCCCUCUAAAUGGCAUGGUGAACUAUACACAGUCGAGGAGUGCAGAAGGUCCACCAGGUUCAUUUCCUGCGAGUGGGAUGCUUACUCGUAGUUCCUGGCCCUCCACUGGACUUGGUUUCCAGGGUGAAUUAGAGGGUGAUGAGGUGUUUAGACGUUCCUCAUUGGCCAGCAGGCCACGUAGCUGGUCCAGAGAUGUCCAGACCUUUACAGACACUGUCUACAGCAUCUACAAAGACUACAGCAAUAGCAAUGAGCGUGCUCCACAGCCUCGACAGUGGGAGACCACCUCCAUCGUCACAUCCUCUGUGAACGCUUUCACUCUCCCUGUGAUCAAACUGAACAACUGUGAGGUGGAGGAGUCUCAGAAAGCACAGGCACAGGGACGCUCUGAGGAAGAGGUUGUUAUUGAGGCUGCUGCUGAACACAUUAGUGAGGAAGGACAGAGCAGCAGGAGCCAGACUGACAACAUGGACUGCAAGCAGGAGGAGGCCUUGAUGAUGGAUUCCUCCCCACCCCAUCAGAGUCAUGAGGAGAUAUCCACAGACGCAGCUAACCAACAGGGGGCACUGCAGGCUCAGCCUCUACUGCAGUGGACCCAGCUAUUUCCUCCAUCACCUGUUGCCACGGUGAUGGCAUCACAGCUGUCGCUCAACUCCCUCACAGAUCAGCCCAGGCCUGCGCGCCGCUGCAGCCUGUCUCUGUCUGCGUGUCGUCAAGGUGACAGAGCCAGGCGUUUCAGCUGUCCCCGUCUGGAGCGCUCCAACAGCAAGGGCUACAUCAAACUGACUGACCUGGGGGGCGAGUCCUUCGAAGCCCCCGACACAGACACUUCUUUAGUGGCCACUGAACAGGGAGUAGCAAUGGACACAGCAGCAGCAGCAGCAGCAGCAGCAGCAGCAGCAGCAGCAGCAGCAGCAGCAGCAGCAGCAGCAGCAGCGGAGGAAGAAGCUCAGGGAGAAGAUAAUCUGGUUACACCCAGCACCUCUGCAGAAUCCUAGGCAAUUUUCUGCUGAUGAAGUCUCUUAAAACUGUUUGAUGUCUUGUUCUUUGCUUCAUAUUUUCUUCUGAGAUUGCUGAUAUAAAGCUGGCUGUUACAGUGGAAUGGAAACAUGAAAAGUAACCAGCUAAGGACUAUUGAAACAUAGCCAUGAACAUUCAAGAGCAAGGCUCUUUAUAAAUAAUUCACAUCCACAGCUCAAUAGCUCGAUAUUCAGAUGUAAUUUUUCUAUUUUUUUUAUGUAGCAACAGCAAUACUUAAGACUUGUAAGGAGUUUUAGUAAUGAUUUAUUAAAAAACAGAAUGAAAAAAGAAAAUGUGAAAAGAAAAAAGAAAAGAAAAUCAGAUUUUAUGACUUUUAACUUUUCUUUUGUAUAACAGUAGGGCAAACAUUGUAGCUUGUAGAAUUUCCAAAACUGUCACUGAGAACUGCUGUCCACAAUGUUGUACUGUAGCAUUAAGAUAUGCCACAGAAAGCUAAAUAGUCUAGGUUUAUUUCUCUACGUUGUUAUGUGAAUACCACGUGAAUAGGUGAACUGAACUGAAUCUCAGGUAGGCGUUUGUUUUAGGAUCGGGACCUUACGGACAAGGUCUUUCCUACGUGCACACUUGUUUAUACAAAGCUUCAUGGUUGAAUAAAUUUGACUGUAAUACCUCUGUCAGGUCUAAUAGGUGUCCUUGUGUGAAAUUAGGUGAAAUGCAGCAAAUGCAAAAUUGUUUGUUUGCUCCAAAUAGUUUUACUUGCAUUAAGAAAAAUUAAACAUAUGAAAAACUGAA